UCCUAACCUAAGACUUGGAAGUCACUUGUCAAUCGUUCGCUCGUUCUCCGCGCGUCGCGUUGAUCGUAACCGAAGUCUCGCGCCUGCACAUCCGCGAUAGUCCGCCAUCUUGGAAAUCCUGCGAUAUAUCGACCCGAGUUCGCGAUUCCUACGAGAUUUCGAUCAGCCCCCUCCACCUACAAAAGCGAUGUCACGUGGUGUCCACUUUCGGGGAAUUAAAGAAACCGAGAUGACACGUGAACCCAGAGCCGCCUACUUUCCGGACAGAGAUAUGACAUAACCUCCAUUUCCACGUCCACCUUCAGACCGCUAUAGAUCCCUGUUCAAUAAGACAGAAUAUCCCGCCUCAUAACCUGUAAAAAAUCCCCAGGACGUAUUUAAUUGACGUGUUCUCGUUAAUCCAUGCUAUAAAAUCCAUUUGUCCCCUGAAUAGCCUCAUCCGGCGAUAAUUUAACCUGACACUUCUCCAAUUGUUCAAUCCAUCCUCCGUUAAUUCAUGCCGUAACGCGCGUCAACUACUUCGGACAUCCAUUUUCCGCGUCAGCUCGCAUGUCGGAUCUCCGGAUCCGCAGUUUCCCAUCUCCCUCCCAUCGCGCUCCAUAACCGAGUCCUAAAUAGCUGUCGAGUGUGUCAUCUGUAUCAAGCUUCAGCCCGUGCCCGCGGGAAAAUCGAUUACUCGAUUCCUGGAAGUCUCGGGGAAUUCCCCCUCCCGCGGGCCGCGCUCGGCCUAUAAAAGCGCCCCGCGGAGGUCACGUGACCCGCGAGCGAGGCUAUAAAAGGGACCGGCGCGGUGUCACGUGACGGCACUCGCGAGUCGCCGGCCGACCUGUCGGGAGCGUCGAGCGGAGCUGCGCUGCCCGGCUAGUCCCGACCUAGCCUAACCUAACCUAACCUAACCUAACCUCUGUUCGACGUGGGUGCGUGGCUGGCAGCGGACUUCGACGAAGCGGAUAUCGCCAUGCGGCGAUCUACCGGCGUCAUCGAGGAUCUCUUCGUAGAGGAUACCAUGAUGGAGUGCAGUGGCGACGACGGAGGAGAUCUGGACGACUUCGUGGACCUAGUGACGGACAUUGCAGAUUCCGCGCCGACUAUACGUGAUGCAGCGGAACGACUGCUGACUCUAUUACGAGUGGACGAGGACGAGGACGCGUCAUCGGAGGACGAAGGAGUGGAGGUCGACGUGGAGGACAGCGAGGACGAGGAGGACCUCGAGAAGCCGUCCUUUCUGCACCACUUGGCAGCCUCCCUGGCCCAGGAGUUGAAGUUCUCGAAGCAGACGAGUUCGAAGUUCCACCAGCUCCCAAAUCCCAUCCCCAGCAGCAUAAAAGAAUUAAAAGAGUCGAUUCAAGGCCAUUCCCAGGACCCUGGGCGCGACCAUCAUGGGAGUCGACUCUUCGGCCGUGACCUUGACUCCUCGAUACAAGGACAAAGUCAAGGUCACUUCGAGAACAACCUGUACAAUGAGUCCAAACGGAUGCAGAAUGGGUCCUCGGGACCAGGACUCGUCCAUGAGAGCCGACUCUUCGGCCGUGACCUUGACUCUUCGGCGCAAGGACAAAGUCAAGGUCACUUCGAGAGCAGCCUGUACACUGAGUCCAAACGGAUGCAGAACGAGUCCUCAGGACCAGGACUCGUCCAUGGGAGUCGACUCUUCGGCCGUGACCUUGACUCUUCGGCGCAAGGACAAAGUCAAGGUCACUUCGAGAGCAGCUUGUACACUGAGUCCAAACGGAUGCAGAAUGGAUCCUCGGGACCAGGACUCGUCCAUGGGAGCCGACUCUUCGGCCGUGACCUUGACUCUUCGGCGCAAGGACAAAGCCAAGGUCACUUCGAAAGCAGCCUGUACAAUGAGUCUAAACGGAUGCAGCUCGUCCCCUCGAGGACGGAAGUCCUGGAGAAGAGACUCAGGAUCGAGGAAUUUGGAGAACGGGUUCCUCAGCAGGACUACGCCCAGGAGGAAGAGAGUUCCUGGGGGAUUAGGAGCACCCCAGGAGGUCAGGGACCCUGGGGAAUCAAGAGCGAUGAGAGUGUCCCCAGUUCCUGGGGGGCUGGAUGGAACGCUUGUGCUGCGGAAGCUCUUCGAUAUCUUGUCGAGGAUGAAGGACUUCCGCCUCAUCAUCCCACCGUGGUGGCCAUGAAGAGUCAUCUGGACUCCCAGAGAGAACGAGCUCUGGCUCUACAUACCGUGUAGAGUAAUGAUUUGUUAAGUUUGAGGAGACGAAGAAGUUAGAUCUUGGACCUGGAGAACCGAUAUGGCGGUCUAGGUCGCUCGGUUUAUUCCUGAGGACGAUGUUACGUGCGCUCUUGGUAUGAAACUCUACCUUGGAUUUGUACACGGUCCGAUGGUAGAGGAUGAAGCGUUUGGCGAAUGUUCUUGGCGUGGAAUGCUACCUCUAGUUGUGGUAGAUGGAGCUAAUUAUGAGAGGUAGUUUAUGCCUGAGGACGAUAUGUGAUGUUAUUGGCAUGAAACUCUACCUUGGAUUUGUACACGGUCCGAUGGUAGAGGAUGGAGCGUUUGGUGGGUGUUCUUGGCGUGGAAUGCUACCUCUAAUUGUGGUAGAUAGGGCUAAUUACGAGAGGUAGUUUAUGCCUGAGGACGAUAUGUGAUGUGCGCUCUUGGUGUCAAACUCUACCUUGGAUUUGCACACGGUCUGAUGGCACAGGGUGGAGCGUUUGGUGGAUGUUCUUGGCGUGGAAUGCUACCUCUAGUUGCGGCAGAUGGAGCUAAUUACGAGAGGAAGUUUAUGCCUGACGAUAUGUGAUGUGCGCUCUUGGCGUGAAACUCUACCUUGGAUAUGUACACGGUCCUAUGGUAGAGGAUGGAGCGUUUGGUGGAUGUUCUUGGCGUGGGAUGCUACCUCUAGUUGCGGCAGAUGGAGUUAAUUACGAGAGGUAGUUUAUCCCUGAGGACGAUAUGUGAUGCGCGCUCUUGGUGUCAAACUCUACCUUGGAUAUGUACACGGUCCUAUGGUAGAGGAUGGAGCGUUUGGUGGAUGUUCUUGGCGUGGAAUACUACCUCUAGUUGUGGCAGAUGGAGCUAAUUACGAGAGGCAGUCGUCUUACUUUACUGCGUGCACUUGGCGUGGCACGCUACAGUAGUGGUGGUGUUAUGGGAUUAAUGAGGAGAAAUUCUUGCUUCGUCUUAGUGCGGAGGUUAGGUAGAGCCUCUUGGACUCGUGAAAGGAGAGAGCACCAUUUCUUAUGUUUGUCAUGUAGAGCAAGGAUUUGUUAAGUUUGAGAAGUUGAUAAGACUGGAGUCUGGAAUUGAAGUCGACUUGCCAAUGAAGCUGAAGAAGCGGGGAUGUAGAGUGGGUAUGCUCUUGGCGAGGAACUCUACCGCGGAUGUUAAUUCGAUCUGGUGGAUGGAAAAUCUUCGAUAUGUGUACUUGGUGUGGGAUAAUGCCUGAUGAUGCCGGUUCAUGAUUAACUGACCAGCAUUAGAUUUACGUCAUUUUGACGUGGUUUACGUGAAAAAAAAACUAAGGUUAUUAAUCAAAUCAAGGGGGAUGUUUAUUUAACUUCAUACACCGUGAGAAGUGAAGCUUACUUCACUCUGAGAAGAUGAAGUAGGGCUGUUUUGAAGUGACGAAUCAUCAUGAUGACGUAGUUGAGGAUAUGAAAGAUGUCUGGGAAGUUGUGAUCUUGGCGAGAGACUCUGCUUUGGAUUUUAAGACGUAAAGAUGUGCGGAUUACGUAUCGUUUGGGAGUUGUACUUGGUGUGGGACUCUGCAGUGCCUGGAAUCAACGACGAGAUUUUUUCUCGCCAUUUCACCAGGAUGACUAUAAUGUUUGUCAUCAACUUACCACAAUGACUAUCAGCUUGCAAAGGAAAGGUGUUUUAGCUCAAUAUGUUAUUUACAAUAUGGACUGUUUAAAUUUUGAAGUUGCCCACAACCUACUUCAAAAUGGCGGUGUAAAUCUAUUAUCGGGAUUUUGAGCACGCAAGAAGUCGAGGUCACUUUGUAGGUGAUAAUCGGAGGACAUUUUGGGGGUGCGACACGUGUACUUGGCGUGGUGCUCUACCGUGUCCAUUUACGGAAAAUUGAUCUUUUAGCUAGUACUUGGCGCGAAACGCUGACGCGUGAUGAGACUGAAUAGAAAAUGCGAACUGAAUCUGUCUUCUGAUGGGUGUACUUGGCGCGAAACGCUACCGUUUCUUUUGGUGUUAAGCAAACGUCGGGUAUAUGCAUCGGUGAUUGUACUUUUAUUUGGUGCGAGACACGUUUCUUAAUGAAAAUCCAAUAGAAGCAAAUUUCGGUGCGUGUACUUGGUGCGAGACUCUACGUCUCUUAAUUGAAAUUAGCAGAUGGCCGAUGAGUGUCCUGGAAUGUGCCUCACGUGUAUGUUCCUGGCGCGAGAUGUAGCCGCAACUUUUAAUGAAACUUCUUGACCAGCAACGGAUAGAAUUUGCAUUAAAUUCGUAGGACAUUUUUUCAAAAUUUCUUGGCCCCUCAAAUUUAGAAAGAAUUUUCCAAAUUCAAAUUAGUGAUAUGAACAAAGGACUAAUCAAAAUUUUGGAAAUUUAACCGCAUAGUCUCAUUUCUUAAUUACUGAUCAACAACGAAUUGAUUUUGCGCGAGGAAAUUGUACAAAAUUCGUAGGACACGUUUUCAAAAUUUUUUGGCCGUUCAAAUUUUGAAGGAAUUUUCAAAACUGACAGAAAUGAACAAGGGACUAAUCAAAAUUUUGGAAAUUUAACCGCAUAGUCUCAUUUCUUAAUUACUGAUCUGCAACGAAUCGAUUUUGCACGAGGAAAUUGCAAAAAAUUCGUAGGACAUGUUUUCAAAAUUUUUGGGCCGCUUAAAUUUUGAAGGAAUAUUCCGAAUUCAAACUAAUGAGAUUAACAAAAACACUAAUCAAAAUUUUGGAAAUUCAGGAGUACAGUUUCAUUUCUCAAUUAAUUUCAGAUCUGCAUGAGCGAGCUGGAAUUCUUAAGAUACAUUGUACAUAAUAAACAAAUGAUAUAUACCGAAAUAAAUGGCGGAAAAGUUCACAAAAAAAGUUAUAACAAUCUGAAUAAGUCGUAUUUUGCGUUGAAAAGAAAAAAAUUAUUCACAAUCAAUUCGAGCGAAUAAUUGACAAAUGUGAAUUAAUCGAGAUGGUCCAAGAUUGACUUUGACCCUUUUAUGGAUUAAUAAAUGAAUAAUUCCCUAAUUAUCUAAUAUUUUUUUUUUAAAUACAAGAAAUCUUGUAUAUGUGAAUAUUUAAUGUUACAAUAAUUAUUCGCUUGAAUGAUUAGUGAAUGAAAUUGAUAAAUGUUGAAGUCAAUGCCGAUGCGAGGAAGUGGAUCUUGAUUAAUGAUUGAUCUUGCUUCCAUCAUUUACACUUGCACAUCAUCUAUCAUAAUAAUAUUGCUAUUGUCCCAGUAAUAAUCUUAAAUAUCGAUUGAGUAAUAAUUGACAAUUAUUUAUUCGCAGUAAGCCGGAAAUUGUUCGUAGGGCGGGUUUAAAAUAUCUCGAAAGUUGAAUUUCUUUAGACCUUAAUGGAAAUUCGAAAAUGUAAAUUUUGCUCGAAUUGAAAAGUUCUUUUGCAAAUAUUUUUCGGAAAAGACGUCGACGAAAACUCGUGCUUUCCGGUGGGGAUUGCGUGAAUUAUGCGUAUUCCUUUACCAGACCUUGUAUAUAUGUAUAAUAACCGUUUUAACUUAUACCGAGAACCAUUAUUACUUUUACAUUAAUUGUAGAUAACAUUGCUCGAUAAUAAAUUAAUACUGACGUAUAUCAAUAUUAAUUUAUGCCCACGUUUUUCAUCGUCGAAUUGCCCAAGAACCUAAUAUCCAUUCCAUUCCUUCCUUGUCAGAUAAUUUUUAAACAAUCUUGGGUUAAAACCGUACAUUUUCAACCACAUUUAUUUACAGCGCGAUUAAUUAAUCGCAUACAUUAAUUGAUCGUGUUGUAUUGAACAUUUGAUAUAUCGAUAUUGAUGUUUAACACAUGUUCAAUCUAAUUUAGGUUUCCCUCAUAAUUGUGCAAUUUUUAGGUUGAUGUUCGAUUAACUAAAGCUAAACGAUCGAAUUUCGCUGGUUAACUUCAGGUGCUAACCUAAGAAGUAAAGUUCUUUGGUUAAGAAUU